CCUUGACCGAGUACGGAGGGCAGUAUGGGGGAUGCUGUAUGCCGAUGAUGCCGGCGUCGUAUCGAGGUCUGCAGAAGGACUGGCGAGAAUGAUGACCAUCAUCGUUGAUGUGUUCGGGGAGUUCGGGCUAACGGUGUCGGAGAAGAAGACGGAGACGCUCCUGAUGCGCGCAAAGGACAAGCCGAAUACAACAUCACAGCCCACCCCGCCUCCACCACUGACCAUCGAAGCCGCGGGACAGAAAUACGCCCAGACGACCGAGUUCCGGUACCUCGGUGGCCUCGUCAACGAACAUGGCGACCUGACCCGGGAGAUCAACUACAGGAGCAGAGGAGGGUGGGCGUGCCUCAGGCGACAUGGCCGGGAGCUCUUCGACCGACCGCAAAAGCGCCAUUCCGACUCAAGAUCCGCCUGCUCCAGACGGAGGCGAUGGAGGCACUGCUGUACGGUUGCAUGACAUGGUCACCACUCAACGG